AUGCGUCAGAAAGGUCCAAAAAGUGAUCUUGAAGACUUUAACUUCAAUCGAGAGUUAUUGUAUCACAGACUGCAGGUUUUUAAAAAUGGUGUCAUUGUGUCUUCAAAGCGAUCUGAUGUAGUGUCUGGGAGAAUAAAAGGGGGCCUGGAUGUGGUAAAAGGUGACCUGUCCUUCAUUACAAAAAUAACGAAGAAUGGAAAACACGUAUGUAACGGUGCCCAUGUUGACAGGAGGUGGCUGUUAACUGUUAGAGACUGCAUCAAUGAAAAACGUUUGAGUCAAUACAAGGUUUAUUUCAAGCCUAUGGAUUCUAAAACAGUCCCGAUGAAUCUCGUGCGGACUAUACGAAAGAUCGUGGUACCAAGCACUGGGCCCCAGGACAUAGUUCUUGCUAGGCUUAACAAAAAGCUUAAAAGAAAGGAGGACAAUGUACGACCAUUUGAUCGUUUUAGUUUUCAAGAAAUUGAACCAAAGUUAAUAAGAUGCAAAACAGUUGGAUUUUCUCCAAAUGGAAAACUUCUCAAUGAAAUUGACAUCACCACCGACUCAGCCGAGAGGUGCCGCGUUACGAGCGAAACAGACACUUGUCCUUUUGACAUUGUUGGUGGCAAGGAAGAUAAUGGGUCACCUAUCAUUUGUAAACUGGAUGUUACUAAUGACAAAAAAUGGUACCUGGCGGGUCUCACCGCAAUUGACAAUGGCUGUGUAAAGCUGCCAACAUAA